AGAGUACAGGGCCGGGAUCUCGGCGGCAGCAGCUGGGAGGAUGGGCAGGGAGGGGGUACAGAGGUGCCAGGGGACCGAGGGACAGCGAGACAUCUGGCCUGACCAUGCGGCUUCAAAUUUCCACGGGCUCAAGGUUGUGCAACCUCGAGCCGAGCAAGAGCCGCGGGCGCCUCGGAAAACAAGGCGAGCCCAUAAACAAAGCCACGUGGCCUCGGGGCCCCGGGGGGGCCGGGCUAAGAGCAGGCGGCUCUUCCGGCAACAAAGAGCCGGGGCAGAGGCCCGGGAUAAAUACUGCGCCCCGGCAGUCGCGCAGCAUUCCCGGAGUCCGACGCGAUAGGAGACCCUUCCCAGCGCCUGCGCCCUCCGCGAGUCCAGGGACCCCCGCGCCCACCCCAGACCCGCAGUCCUCCACACCAGUUCCCCACACUUGUCCCAGUCGCCGCCUGAGUUCACCCAGCAUCUUUCCAGCGCAUCCCCGGGGCCAGCCAGGCCGGUCCCCGGCUAUCAAUCCAUCCUGCCCGUCGGUCGCGUCCGCACUCGGUGCCAUGCCGUUCCUUGGGCAGGACUGGCGGUCCCCGGGCCAGAGCUGGGUGAAGACAGCCGACGGCUGGAAGCGCUUCCUCGAUGAGAAAAGCGGCAACUUCGUGAGCGACCUCAGCAGUUACUGCAGCAAGGAUGUGUACAAUAAGGAGAAUCUUUUCAACAGCCUGAACUAUGAUGUUGCAGCCAAGAAGAGAAAGAAGGACAUACUGAACAGCAAAACCAAAACUCAGUAUUUCCAUCAAGAAAAAUGGAUCUAUGUUCACAAAGGAAGUACUAAAGAGCGCCAUGGGUACUGCACUCUGGGGGAGGCUUUCAACAGACUGGACUUCUCGACCGCCAUCCUGGAUUCCAGAAGAUUCAACUAUGUAGUAAGGCUGUUGGAACUGAUAGCGAAGUCACAGCUCACAUCCCUGAGUGGUAUUGCCCAGAAGAACUUCAUGAACAUCUUGGAAAAAGUCGUGCUGAAAGUCCUUGAGGACCAGCAAAACAUAAGACUCAUAAGGGAACUUCUCCAGACCCUCUACACGUCCUUAUGCACACUGGUCCAGAGAGUUGGCAAGUCUGUGCUGGUGGGCAACAUUAACAUGUGGGUGUAUCGGAUGGAGACCAUUCUACACUGGCAGCAGCAGCUGAGCAGCAUCCAGAUCACCAGGCCUGCCUUCAAAGGCCUCACCUUCACGGACCUGCCUGUGUGCUUGCAACUGAACAUUAUGCAGAGGCUGAGUGAUGGGCGGGACCUGGUCAGCCUGGGCCAGGCAGCCCCAGACCUUCUUGUGCUCAGUGAGGACCGGCUGCUGUGGAAGAGACUCUGCCAGUACCACUUCUCAGAACGACAGAUCCGCAAGCGAUUAAUCUUGUCGGACAAAGGACAGCUGGAUUGGAAGAAGAUGUAUUUUAAGCUGAUCCGAUGCUAUCCAAGGAAAGAGCAGUAUGGGGACACCCUGCAGCUUUGCAGACACUGCCACAUCCUCUCCUGGAAGGGCACUGACCACCCGUGCACAGCCAACAACCCAGAGAGCUGCUCGGUCUCACUCUCCCCGCAGGACUUCAUCAACUUGUUCAAGUUCUAAAUCCCACCCCUUGACGGCACUUCACAAGCCCCCCCCCACUCCCCGCUGAUCAGAUGACUGGGAAUUCGGAGACUUCCUUUGUAAAUAGUGUACAUUGUAAGCACUGGCUUGAAACUUGUGAGCGAAGUCACUAAGAAGACGUUGGAGGGAAGGGACGAAGCUGCCGAUGGGAAUUUACAAAUGUGAACUGCACACCAGAACUGGUACAGAAACGCGGAAAUACUGUAAAUAGACUUUUUCUUUUCCCCUAAGAAUUUGCCAGCGAGACUCUAAGGGCGAGAACUCUCUGUCUGCCGUGAAAAAGGAGUCCUCCUGAUAUUCAUGGAAACUUCCUAGUUCCUUAGGAAGGAAAAAAACGCAAAACUCAAAUACCAGACAGAACACUCUGUUUACAAUGUGAUGGUGUUGUUAAGACAAAAUGAGGAAGAAGGAGAAUGAAUGCUAUAACUGAGGAAGCCUUGGGCUUUGGGUUUGGAUUUGGGAUUUGUUGAACAGGCAAAGAAGUCCACCUAUCGGACACCUACGCAGGCAUAAGGCCUUAUCCUACAAAGAUGCCACACAAUGGUCUACCUCUGAAAGCGUAGCGUGCUCUCUGGCAGCGUGCACUAUCUAGCAGGCAAUGUCUGUGUUUCAUGUAAGUUCCUUCAUCUGUAAAGAGAUCUAAGAUGGGAAGGCUAUUAGAAACAACCCUCUUCUUGGUUCUGACUUCCCUUCCCCUCUUCGCUCCCAAUCUACACCUUCUUUCCUUCCGUGUUGUAGCUCAUGUACGGAACCAGAAGGCCAGCCUAAGAACAGCUCCAGCAGAAGUCAUGAAGAACUAGAAUUGGGCACCUGUAGAUGGUGGCUUGGCGCUUCUGAUUUAACUCUACUCUCCUCUAGCUUAACUUCUGGGCUUGUCUGGUCUUCCAUGGGUGUCUUCAUGGAUUAGUGAAUGUCUGGGAACUUAGUGGAGUCUAAGAACUGAGGCUUGAGAGAGACAUUUUUCACACCAGCCAAUUAAGCAUUCUGAUAGCUGCUGCUUCCCCUUGGCGGGGUGUUGAGCUGAGGCUCUUUCUGUUCUUUAGGUUUAGCAUCAAACUUGAGUCAUCCUGAAUGGGGACUUUUCACAUGCGUGAUUUAAAAGGAAGCCUGGAGUUCCAGCUAGAUAGGGAGCUGAGUUCAUCUUAAGCUUGUUCAGGACUGAGUUAAAACAAAGAGAGGCAAAAGACAAAGGAUCCCAGGGGGUCUUGCAAAGCAGAGAUAUGAACACUGUGGAAGAAAGCAAAUCUCAGGACUUCAGGAGUUAAUUCCUGGGGUGGGGGAAAUGUUAUUUUUUACUUUUUAUAGAUUGAUGCUUUUCUACAAUGUACAUAUAUUUGCAGUUGUAUUUGCUUUUUUUUAAAAAAAAAAAUCUCCAAAUAAAACUACCACUAUGCACGUCCUUGGUAAAUAAUCAGAAGUAGGAAUGUGUCCACAUAGAUGUUAAGUGAGGGAUUGUGGAACCUGAAGCAUUGAUGCUUGGGGUGGUCCUUGAAGGAAAGGAAAGGUGACCGAGCAUACAUAGAAACAAGGGACAGUCCACACCUCUGCCUUCAGUAAUAGAGUACGCUCAGGUCAGUGCCGCAUGGGCAGAUGGAGUCUGCAGGGUUCCCUGGUUUGCAGUAUCUGUACGUGCACCAAAAGUUCUCCAUAUUUCCUUCCUCUUUGAGGGGGAAAUUAGGUUGAGUUCAGAGGCCCGUAAUGAGGAAAGGGAACUGUAAAAGAACAAGAUUUGAUGUAUAAAGCUGACCUUUAGAGACUACAAACCUGUAACAGCUAAGGGUUUUUCUAUUUGGUUUUAUGGGGUUUUUAGUUUUUUGCUUUUUUUUAAACUCUUCUCCCCAGAAUUAUUUUUACAUUAAGAUUUACAUUAAGGGCUUAGACUAGGAAAGAAAAGAAAGGAAAGGGAAGGAAGGAAGCAAGAAAGGAAGAAAGACACUUUUUCCAUAGUUGUCAGGCUCUCUACAAUACCUCACCUUCUGUAAGUGAAGGUGGAGCUGGGUCUGCCAUUGCUAUGGAAAGCUCUGGAAACAGUGACUCUAAGUGACACUGUUAGGGUUAGGGGAUCAUGGCCUUUCACAUGUUCUUAUCGGCUUGUUACCACCGCUUUGUCAAGUUAUUUAGAGAUGGAAAGUUGUUGGGACCUUGGGGUUUAUUUACAGCUCCAGCAACUUUGCCUGCUUUGAACUGCCAGCAGAAAACUGGCGAGCCAGUCUCAUGGAGUGCCAACAAUGCACAAGGCAUACAUCCUACAUGCCCCAGGCAACCAUCUGACUGUGUAAAAUGACCCUGACCCCAAGCAGUGAGGGCCCAGCUUUUUGAAAAGUUGGCUAGGUGCCUGCAGAUCCUCCAUGAACCUUGGUGUCAUUGGAUAUGGUAUGCGACACAGCUCAAGAGUUGAUUUAGGAGGAAAAAGGAACAUGUAUGGGUCACUUUCAUUGGUUAGUAGAAAACAGGAAGGAUUGGCAGGUGGAGAGGGAGGGGGAGGAGGAGUAAUGGAACAUCGUUGAUGUCGUGUGGCAGGGAGGAGCAAUAGAGAGAGAAGAGCAGGCGAGAUCUCCAUAUUAGGGCAUGGCCAGAGCCUCACAUACAAAUGACGGGUCUUAAAAAGUUUUGCUCCUAGAACAGGAAUAGGUCUAUAGAAUUCCUCUUGGCAAACCCACCCAGGACUCCCAGACCUAAGACACAAAAACUAAGAAUCCCUGGUCCAAGCUGCUACAAAAGUGAGAGGGGCGUGGAUAUAGAAAUUGCUAGAAGAAUUUUUCCAACACAAAGAAGAAAUCUGUUUUCUCUUUCCUACUGUACCCUCCUGUCCCUUCUUUGCAUGUUGUAAAACAACUUGAGUUAUGCCCACUCUGAGUCGUUCAGGCAGCAAGAGAAGGAAUAGGUUCUGUCCAAGUCAUCUGAGCAAACCCAGGGAGAUGGUGAAUCAAAACUUACUUAAGAACAAUCAGCCGAGAGUCUCUGAAGAGAGAGAACCAUUCCAUAUAGAGUUUAGGACUGCUCCUUUUAAAGCAAGAGCCAGUAAAAAAAAAAAAAAAAAAAAGUCAGCCCAGUGAUACUGCCAACUAGCUCGGGUCAUUACUCAGCGCGGUUGAGUGGACAGGUGUGUCAGUCGAAUGGGGGAGAAGGGGUGGCAGAAAGGAUCUGAAGCCACAAGGUGGGAUCCCGAGCCCAUCAGCUGGGAGAACUUUCUGACUAGUAAUGACCAGUUUCAGGUGGAAGUGGUCUGGACAAGAUACUUGUGCUGCAAAAGCUCUCAGCUGACGAUCCCAUCUCCUUGUGACCGUGAAGCCAGCUGGUGGGUGGCUCAUCCCUGUGGCCUCACAAUGUGAGGAGGCUGCUCUUGACACAGAUGCCUUAUUUUUAUUGUUUACCAUGGAAGAGAAAAGUUUGGGAAUUUAGUUUGUCUAAGCAGUUGGUAUGAUUCACAGAGAGAGAAGUUGCCGCAGGAGACGUUUAACGGUAUAUGGUUCUCGGCGUUAGAAACAAUGUUUAUUAUAAAACACGCACCUGGGUUUAUAUUUUUCUGCCUGGCUGUGGGGCAAUAACAUCUUGCUGUGCAAAUACUCUAAAUUUUAUGUGUGAAUUUUUGACUGUAAUUUUAUGUGUGCAUUUUUUAACUAAACUCUAUCAUUUUCUAUGUUGACAUCUGUUGUUGUUGUUUUUUAAUCUCUUUCCAACUAUCUGAGCCUGUGAACCAUCUCUUCUGACUGGAUGCUGGCUUGAAACCCGUUAGUGCUUAAACAGACUCAGAAACACCCCGAACCUCUGGGCAAACGCAGGGAUGUUACUCUUUGAUGUAUAAUGGGCCAUCUAUGGCUCAACAAACAAGGUAGUAAUUCUUCUAAAGUCUAUGUUUUCUGUCAAUGUUUUCUUCUCUGCUUUGCUGAAACAGAAAACAACAAAACCACCUUUGGUUUUCUAAAUGAAGGAGAUUCCCAUCCCAGACUUUAGACCAAGGAGGGUUGUUAGAGAGGAUGCAGUCUGAUGUUUCUGCCUUUCAAGAUGAGGAAGCCUUUCCAGAACUGGGGCUGGGGGUGGGACGGAGCCUUCCUCUGCACUCCUUGGGAAGUCAACAGAGUUGAACAGAGACCUGGAGCUUCCUGAUGCCAGAGCUGUGAGUCCUAAGCACCUUGUGGGUAUCCAUAGAUUCACGACACUCGGUGUGAUUCUUCCAAAAACCCUCACUGUGGGAGGCUUGGGAGGCCAUCCCACGAUGGGCAUCUGCCACCAAGUCUUCCAAACCUUCUAAGGCUGGUUCUUACCAGAUAAGCUAAGACGUCCCUUUUCAUUUUCACACCCUCUCAUUCUGCUGCUACCACGGCAUUCCACUGAGCACAGCCUGCUUAGUAGGAAACAACUAGCAUGCCAGGUGUGUAGUGCACACCUGUAAUCUGCAGAGGCGGGAGAACUGGACUUCUAGCCUGGGCUACAUAGCAAGGCCUUGUUUCAAAAACAGCCGGAAGCAAAUGGCAUGCUUUGAUAAAUUUGUCCUUUCCCUUGGGUUUUUACAUCACGCCCUUAUAGGAAUAGAUACAGGGUCCUGGGGAGAUGGCUGGUUGAUAAAGUGCCUGCUACGGAAGCAUGGGGACCUGAGUUCCCCAUCAAAUGAAUUCCUUGUCAAAACCAAGCAUGAACUUUAGUGCAUGGGGAGUUGAUGGGCCAGCCAGUUUAAAGAAUCAAGUGAUACCCAGGCUCAGUGAGAGACCCUGCCUCAAAAAGAAAAGUGGACAGAGAUCCAGGAAGAUGCCCAAUAUCUGCCCUGACCUCUAAAUGCAUAUGCAUGUGCACACACAUACAGGCAUACUAGCAUGCAUGCAUGCAUGCAUGUAUACAUGUGCACACGCACACACACGUGCAUGCAUGCAUGUGCAAAUACACACAAAAGAAUAGCUAAGUGUUGACCUUGCUCCUGCUGGUACCCCUGAAAUGGAAAGGUACAUUUAAGCCAUCUGUCCUUCUUCCUGUUCCUCUUACCAGUGAUCCCCACUAUAAGAUCCAGUGAGGUUCUAUCUGGUGGGAGUUCACUCUGUUCAACCUUGUUUGCAUUUAGCAGAAUUUAUCCCAUAAGGCAAGGGAUGGUGAUAGCCAUGAUUUUUGUCUGGUACGUCUUUUUCAAAAUGUCCUUGACUUCAGCAAGCAAAGCUUCUUGAGAAAGCUCUCUAAACUUAGUCCCUCUCUAAUUGGCUGGAAAUGGAUGGUUACAUCCGAACUCCAAAUUUUUGGAUGCUCUGGAUGCUUCAACAUUACUGAAUAUGACUCUGUCUGUGAGUAUAAUAGACAUGUUUGUUAACUGUGCGCAAGGCUGUUUAACAGAUGGCUCCAAUCCCUGCUCCAUAUUUGGGAGCCUUUGGUGUCAUCUUUAUACUACCAAAUGCCAGUCACCCUGGCUAACGAGAGUGUAUAUUAUAGUCCGUGUCUAAGCUUAGAAGCUUUAGGUGUACUUUUUAAAGAAGAAUAUUAGAGUGGGUGGAAUGUUUUAACUAAAUGUAUAAGGUUAGACUGAUUACAUGCAAAACUGAUUGUUUAAUAUUAAAUAAUCUGAGUCCUGUAUAACUUAUUUGCACACCUUUCUUGCAUGAUGAACGGACGUUUUUAUAGUUGUUUGUACCAGACAGUGGCAUAUUUUUGUAAACAUUUUUUGACACUGAAUUGCAAUAAAUGUUUUUCCAACAAUACA